UUACCCAAUUGUUCCUCUUUGGACUUCAGUUUACAACAAAGAGGGUCCAUAAAUUACAGUAAUUCACAAACCAAUGAAAAAUAUAGGAAAAAUGUUGUUACCUAGUGUUGGAGUACCAUUUUCCUCUUUCUCAAUCCACAACAAACCACUUAGAACACCAACAAAUUACUUCAAACCUUCACUUUCAAAUUCAUCAAUAAUCUCAAACAUGUCAUCAUCAAACAGAAAACUUCCCAUUCUGUUAUUUGACAUCAUGGACACAGUUGUUCGUGACCCUUUCUACAAAGACAUCCCUGCUUUCUUCGGUAUGUCUUUCAAUGAACUCAUAGAUUGCAAAAACCCUACCUCAUGGAUUGAAUUUGAAAAGGGUCUCAUUGAUGAGAUGGAGCUAGCAAGAAAUUUUUUUAAAGAUGGAAGGGAUUUUGACUUAGAAGGCCUUAAAACUUGUAUGAAAAAUGGAUAUUCAUACAUAGAAGGGGUUGAACAAUUGCUUAUUGCCUUAAAGAAAAAUAACUUUGAGAUGCAUGCUUUUACUAACUAUCCUAUAUGGUACCAGUUGAUUGAAGACAAGUUAAAGCUAUCAAAAUAUUUAUCUUGGACGUUUUGUUCGUACACACAUGGCAAGAGGAAACCGGAUACUGAAUUCUAUAUGGAAGUUGUGAGGCAUCUUAAAGUUGAUCCAUCACAUUGUAUUUUCAUAGAUGACAGGCCAAAAAAUGUGGAGGCAGCUGCUGAAGUUGGGAUCAAGGGUGUACAUUUCAAGAAUGUCGAUUUACUGCGCGAAGAAUUUUCAUUGAUGGGGAUUGAGAUUUCAACAGAUGAAGAUCAAUAGCUUAUUUUCUUUGAUUCUCUAAAUACACCAAUUUCUUUUACACUGUGAAAAGGGGAUAAACCAAAUUUUCUUUUAAUUGUAUAUUCAAUUAUCUCUAUCUCCCUUUCUUAACUAUUCUUUUUUGUUUAUUAUCUCUUCAUUUUGUAAUCACAUUCUCUCUUUCCACUCUUAUUUUUUUGCUAAUCUGAUCCUCUACAAGUGACUAUUUUUUUAGAUGAAGAAGAUCCAUUUUCAAUUGGAACGAGUUUGGAGUUAAAACCGUGGUUUGAUAUUUAGCUGUUUAAAA